UGUCAAAAAGAGAACGAAUUGCCGAUAUUUCUUUUCUCCGUUCAGUUGUGCAUGUACGAUUAUAUCGGUAUUUGUUAUUUAUCGUAAAAGUGUGUUUGCACUAAACGAGUAAAGAGAACUCUGCUUCUCGUAUAGGAAAAUAUACACUGUAUGUUACUUCUGUGAUAAGUGUUGAUAACAAGAAGGAAAGUGAGUACAAUAUGAGUGGGAGUGAAGCAUCGGUUACUAUAGGUUAUGAUACAGCCGUAAAUGAGAAGUACAGUAUUUACGCGACUAUCUCCUUCGCUGUGCUAUUGUUGGGUGUCGGAGUUCCACUUUGGUGGCACACUACCGCAGUUCCGCGUGUAUCGCUUCCUUACGCUGGAAUCGAAGCACUCUCCGACCUAGACAUUAAUAUUAAAACGAAAAUUGUCGUCGUAGCUCUGUCUAAAGAUCGAGCUGAAUCCUUGGUACACCACAUAACGGAUGCUUUUAAAAAUUCCAGUAUCUGUCGGAUAGAGGUUAUUUACCAUGUGAUAUCCAGUAAUCUAGUAACUUCUGCAUUUACGCAUCAUGAACUAGAGAAAAUAGCAUCGUUUUUCGACCUGGACGUAGGACAACUUCUACUUUUGGAAACAAACAACUUGAACGAUGCAGUUCUCGUCGGCUCGAGAAGAACCAUUUACUUUUCUACAGAAACCACUGCCUCCACUUUGAUUCAAGUUUUAUCGGAAUGGGUGUUGCUUGAAAAGUCACUGACUUUAACGAGAAAUGCACUCACCGAACCAACUCUUUACAGCCUAGAUGAAGAAAACAGGAGAAGGUUCCCAGCUAGCCCGGCUUACGAUGUACUCAUUACCGUGGUCAAUCCAGAUCCAGAAAAACUGAAAGUUGCUUGGGAUCUCCGCGUGAUGGCCGAGGAAUACGUCGAACCAUUUCUCUCUGAGCUUUCGAUUCUGAGUAACUUCUCUGUCAAAUCACAGUGGUUGUAUUUACUGCCAUUGGAUGUCAGCCCGAAACGAGUGCCCGAUAGUAGCCCAUUAGGUAGACAUUUUGCAUUAUCAGAGGACGUUUUACCUCAAUUAAUUACACCAUUGGAGAAAAAACUAGCUUCACAGGUUAGUCUCCAUCCAACUAUCAAUUUCGUUAUCUAUGCUGUUCCUUGUGACAGCGCCCCGUUACAUAUUUACACGCGUUCUGGACAUCGAUCGAAAAUUAACGCUAAUGUCGAAGCGUUCUUUUCUCCAAGAUGGGGUGGUGUAGUUUUGAUCAAUCCACCCAUUGAAGCUUGCAUGGCUGCGAAACUCGAUCAACCGGUUACCAUUGUGCCUGAACAGACUACCAUUGUUGGAACCUUUCUUACCCAAUUGAAACUUCUUUUAGGCAUUCCUGAACCGAAAUUCUUAAAUGGUGUUACCGCUGUUUCUUUGCCAGGAUUGAAACUGCGUGAUUGGGAAGUCGAUGCAUUGCUACGUGUACGCACGAUCGAGCAAUUAACAUCGGCAAAAUUAACUCUGCAAUCGAUUGCACAACUUCUUCAAGAAAUUGGUAACAUUGUGAUUACAGAUAUUGUAGGAAACAGAAUUAAAACAGCCUUACGUUUGGUGGAAGAUUCGGCUCAACGAUUAACGCGUGGCGAUCUAGCAGUAGGUUUUCUGCUGAGUAAAGAAGCAUUUGUUACUGCGGAAGCAGCAUUCUCUGAUCCAACGCUCUUUGCUUUGUUAUAUUUUCCCGAAGAUCAAAAAUACGCUGUAUACACACCUCUCUUCUUACCAGCAAUAAUACCAGUCUUGUUUUCCUUAAAAAAUAUUUAUCGCUAUUAUUUCCAUCGAAGAGUCAAUAAUCCAUUGAAGGAAACUGCACCAGGCCAAAAUAAAUGAGAGCAGCAAGUGUUUCACGAUAACGUCUUCAACCAUUUGCCAAGUUUUUACUUCAUAUUGUUUUUUUCUUUUAUCAUUUUCAUUGUAUCCUAUUGUCGAGUCAUUUCUAUACAUCAUGCUAUUUUAUCUAGAUAAAAAGUCGAUGAAACAAACGUCGCAAAUAAAAACAAUAUUUUUUUAUUGUACAAAGAAAAUGUUCAUCAAGUUAUAAAAACAGCAGAAAGUGUGGGAUGAGUCAGUGAGUGAAUGAAAAAGAUAGGGAGAGGACUGAAUGAUUGAAAAAUUAGGAAAGACAGGCAAAGACGAAAAGUGAGGAGGAACGGGAAGCGGCAGAGAAUGCGCUGAACUGUUUAAAUUAUUUCAACCAAUAUCGAAUGAGUUUAAGAUAUUUUACAUACAGUUAAAUUUCACUUUUGUUUGUCCUGCAUAUUUUUCGUACAUAGAUAGAAUUCUAGAAUUACAACUUCCUUGUAAUUUCUGUUACCCACGGACGAAAUAGAGAUCCGCGUUAUGCGUCACAGCAUACAAUAUAGUAUAAAGUAGCGCUAGAUAAAGGUUUCUGUUUGUACACAGGUACGCGUCUUUUGUCCACAUUUACGCACACAAAUUUAAUACUAUCAAACGUCUCCCACGCAUGCUCAUACAUCCGUUUUAACAAAUUUCAAAUUAAUUAUCAUUAGAUCGUUAGAAACAGCUAAUAAUCUAUGUACAAUACACGUAUAUCAAUCCUCAACCAGUUAUCAAAUGGUUACAAAAUUAUUGAGUUGAAUCACUAUAAAAUGUAUGUUCAACUACCGCGAGAAAAUUUCAAAUUCAAGUUAGUUUAAUGUAGCUGACUCGAUAUGAGCAACUUCAUGAGAAUGAAAUCCGUUGCGUGUUCGAAAUGUAAAUAUUUCCCAAUUUUAACAAAUCGAGAUAACGCUAUUAUUCUUUUUCGUUAAUACACUAUCAAGAUUUAUCGUAAAUCUCACAGCUACUGUCAAUUGGAGGGAUUCUUUACUUAAUCAGGACAAGCUCAAAUUUGUUUUUGUUUGUUCGAUUAGUAGUUGAACAUUAUCGCUAAUAAUAAAAAUAAAUUAAUUGGUGAAUUGAAAAGUUUACUCGUAUGAAAAAAAAAAAGAAAAAGAAAAAGAUAAAAAUAUAAACAGGAAAAAGAAGAAGAGAAGGAGUGGGAGAGGGACGGAAGGGGUUGAGGAAAAUUAAAAGAAAAAAAAGGGAGGAGUAAAAAGGAGGGAUGUAAAAAAAAAGAAGAAAAUUAACAGAGAUGCUGAACUAGCUGUAUCGCAUGUUGCAAAGCAUCUGCGAUAUUCUGAAAAACAGGUACACCUUCGCGCGUCGCGUAGUCCGACAGGUACAUUCUUCCCCGAUUGUAGUCUUUUAUGGCUUGUUCAGUUAGCUGAAAGAAAAUGUUACCUUCUAUAUAAAUAUAUGUAGAAUUUGGUUCAAUGGAAAAACAGGAAAUUAUAAGAUAAGGAUAAUAGAAAGACGAAGAGAUGAAAAAAGGAAAAAAGAAAUACAGAAGAAAGAAUAUAGAAGCUAUAGGAACAAAAUGAGACGUAUAUGUAUACUUGUGUAUAGUAAUAUUUAUGGAAGUAUAUAUUAUUUAUAGAAGGCAUACACAAAAACGCUUACCUUUUCACCAGAAACUACGCAGUCUUCGGGAAGCGCUUGAACGCAUAGGACUAAUUUUGCGCGUAAUCCAAUGAGGUGAGCUGCCAAUGCCAUUAUAGUGACACCACGCGAAUGUUGCGGUACGAUCAAUAAUAUUAACCGUGAAUUUUUCAUCCUCUGCAAUUCUUGUGGCAACACCUUUACGUUGUACUCGUUCAGGCUUGAUCGAUAUAAGGAUAAUCCAAUAGAUCUAAAACGAGAAACAAUUUACGUGUAAACUUACAACGACAUUGUCGUAAUGAAGAGAAUCGAAAGAACGUUACAUCUCGAAUGCUCACUCGAUCGAGGGUAUGGCGGUCGUUUCUAACCAAAACUGAUCUUUACCGAUUACUCCAACGUACAAGUCUCUCUUCUCGGAUUCUGGCACGAAGAAAUUGGUCCAAUCUAAAAAGUUGAACGGUCGAACGAAUCGUACACUCGGCUGCUCGGACGUUUUCGUGAACAAUUAAUCGAAGCACGAACGUCUCGUAACGACCUGUUUGCUAGUUGAUACACGCUAACGAUACACACGCUACUACAGGUCGUGGCAAAUUUUUGAGAAUAAGAAAUACCUAGGAAACGGUUAAAAGGUUGCACGAUAGCUCUGCGAAGAAAUUUCGACGCCUUCCUACAUAAAAUACUCCAAACUGAAGGUAUCUCACUUUCACAAGAGACGCCGUUGCUCUUCGUCCUCCACGCUGAUUCGGUAGCUAAGGCACAAAAUUGUUCGAAGUUUAUCCGUAAUUCCGUUGGAUCCCUCUUCGCUGGAAAUCCAUCGUCAAUCAACGUCCUAUACGCUUCUGAAAGCACAUAUAAACACAGACAGUAGAGAAAAUAUAGCUGAGCUGUAAUCCAAUGCCUACACACUGUUAUGACCAUAUAUGGCAUUGUCAACGUGUUAGAUGUACACGUGCGAUUUUCAUUAUGCGAAAAGUAUAAUAUUUAUUACCCGACUUAUUCACGACACUAAGAAGCUCCGACAUCGAUGGUACGUUGCACUUGACACUCGAUUGUAAUGCUAUCCAAGCCUACAAAAUCAAGAGUGCAAAGCAAAUGUAACAAGAAUAUGUUAUAAUUGUAACAAUUGUAACAAGAAUAUGUUAUAAUUUGUUUUUCAUAAGCAAUAUAUGUUUUUCUACAAACAUGUGGCAAAUAGACGCUAGUGAAACUUACUUCUUCCAAGUUGACGGCUCCAUUAUCGUUCAUAUCCAUAGACUUGAAAAUCUCCCUGAGCAUACUGCAAGAGAGUAGAUUAAAAUCGAAUAUUCGACACAAUCAUACUUACAUAAACAUGUAUGUACAGUUUCAGCGAAAAAUCCUUACACCAGAUCCAUUCCAUUUUGACCGAAUGAUAUUUUAAUCGGCCUAAUACCAUCAUCGGCAUGCAGAUCUUCCACGUUAAUUUCCUCACGUAGCAUCUAUGGAGAAACGCAGAUCAGUAGCUUUUUAGUAUAAACAAUUAAAUUUAUUUCUCUCAAUGUAAUUUACAAAAUAUAUACCACAAUAAUCA